AUGUAUGAUCGAGCUCCCCGCUUGCUCAUGUUGGCCGAAGGUGGCAGCACUGAGGCCCAUGUGGGUCCUGGGUCCUACCAGGUCCCUUUCCCGAAGCAGCAGGCGACAGGUAGUUAUGCACCAUUUCUUUCUUUGACUGCCAGAGAUAGUAUUUUUACUGGCGCUUCUAGCAUUGAAAAAGUUGUUCCAGGUCCAGGACACUAUAAUGUUUCUGAAGCACAGAAAAUUUCAAGAGUACCUACAGUUACCAGAAGUGUUGAUGUUCCUUCAAUUCCUUCUUGUGAAAAGUCAUAUGGUUAUCAUAUUAAUGAGGAUGACAGUAUUAUAAAAUGUCUUCCACCUGCUAGUGACAGUACACUAGGUCCAGCAUAUUACAAGCCUCAAUUUGGUGUUUCCAAUGCAACUUUGAAAUACAAAGGUAUACAUUUUGGCAAUUCUUCAGGUAGACAAAAGUUACCAAAAACAUCAGGUCCUGGUCCUGGACACUAUGAUAUUGCCCAGAAAAAGAUAUUACACUAUGAAAAUAUUAACAUCAAGAAAGAUCAACAACAGAAUUAUUGCUUAUUUACUCCACGAUUAUAUGAAAUAAUAGUAUUGCAAGAGAAAAAAAAG